AUGGUUGCCCCCGCCGAUUUCGAAAGCGUUGUGACAAUGGUGUUGGUACAGGUUAAAAAAGAAAACAAUGCUGUGGUUGCUCCCGUCGAUUUCGAAAGCGUUGUGACAAUGGUGUUGGCCCAGGUAAAAAAAGAAAACGAUAGUGUGGUUGCUCCCGCCGAUUUUGAAAGCGUUGUGGCGUUGGUGUUGGUGCAGACAACUAUGGUUGCCCCCGCCGAUUUCGAAAUCGUUGUGACAAUGGUGUUGGCCCAGGUAAAAAAAGAAAACGAUGCUGUGGUUGCUCCCGUCGAUUUCGAAAGCGUUGUGACAAUGGUGUUGGCUCAGGUUAAAAAAGAAAACAAUGCUGUGGUUGCUCCCGUCGAUUUCGAAAGCGUUGUGACAAUGGUGUUGGCCCAGGUAAAAAAAGAAAACGAUGCUGUGGUUGCUCCCGUCGAUUUCGAAAGCGUUGUGACAAUGGUGUUGGCCCAGGUAAAAAAAGAAAACGAUGCUGUGGUUGCUCCCGUCGAUUUCGAAAGCGUUGUGGCGUUGAUAAGGACACGAAGGUUUGAAUGA